AAAUCCUACCACAGAAUGUUACAAAAACACAAAAUAAGUAAUAAUAACCUUAAAAUAACUUUUGAUUUUCUUGUUACUUCACCUUUUUCGCUUCUCAAAGUACUUAUUUAAAUUGUAAAGAGACUAAGUACAUUUAGACAGAGAAAAUAAUGGGAAAAACAUCAAAGGAUAAACGCGACAUAUAUUAUAGACUAGCUAAAGAAGAAGGAUGGCGAGCAAGAAGUGCUUUCAAGUUGCUUCAGAUCAACGAGGAGUACAAUAUAUUUGAUGGAGUCCUGCGUGCGGUGGACCUCUGCGCGGCUCCAGGCAGUUGGAGCCAAGUUCUAACUAAAAAGUUACGACAGAACAGUGAAGCAGAAGAUGAUGUCAAGAUAGUAGCAGUGGACUUACAGGCUAUGGCACCACUUCCAGGAGUCAAGCAAAUUCAGGGCGACAUUACAAAACUAAGCACAGCUAAUGAAAUAAUUAAAGAAUUUGAAGGCCUCAAAGCUGACUUGGUGGUCUGUGAUGGAGCCCCAGACGUGACUGGACUCCAUGACAUUGAUGAAUAUGUUCAGUCUCAGCUUUUACUUGCAGCACUAAAUAUAACUACUCAUGUCUUAAAAAAUGGUGGCGUAUUUGUGGCUAAAAUAUUCAGAGGUAAAGAUGUAACUCUUCUUUACUCACAGUUGAAGCAAUUCUUUUCAUUUGUUACUGUUUCUAAACCUCGGAGCUCCAGGAAUUCUAGUAUUGAAGCAUUUGUAGUGUGUCAAAACUAUCAGCCACCUGAUGGCUAUGUGCCGACCAUGGCCAAUCCUCUGCUUGACCACAAGUAUUGUGACUUCAAUGAGUUUACAGGCCCUAACAGAUUUAUUGUUCCAUUUAAUGCUUGUGGGGACUUGAGCGCUUAUGAUUCCGAUACUUCUUAUUCACUUUUGCUAGAAGGACAGACCACUUAUGAGUACAGGGAGCCAGUACAAGCACCAAUUAACCCUCCAUACAAAGAAAUAUUAGAUAAAACUAAGAACAUAGACAUAAGAAAAUAAAAUUUAGUAUCUC